ACUUGCCCGGCAGUUUCAUUUUGAUGUAUUUGCGGUAGUUGAGCCAACUGUUCGCCUCGACUGGCUCUGAUGGCCCUUCGUCUUAUCACUUGUUCUGUAUCAACAGUAGCACUAAAUUUAUCAAAUGUUUCAAUCUAGUGACGAUGGUCUAGAGAAAGUUUGGAGCAUAGGAGAGCUGUGCAGGGCCCCCUAUUCUAAGGAUACUGAAUACUAUGUGGCUACAAUAAAAAAGCUGAAAAGGAAACAAGGCAAUGUGAUUGCUACCGUUAGUUUUGAUGGCUACUGCUCAGAUGAGACGGAGGAUGUUGAUGUAAAUUUUCUCCUGAAAAUUGCCUGGAAAAAACCUUCACCAGAUGUCUGUAUCAUAGAACCACCUGGGAACAGUGAAAGCUUAUUUCAGCCUCUGGAUGGAAAGGAACAGGUUUCCUGGUUAAGUGACAAGUACGCCGAUGUAGAUGAGGAGGAGGAGGAGGCAGAGGACAGUCAUGUAUUAAAGAAAAAGACCAAAGGAGUGGUAGCCAAGGGAGGGGCCCCUAAAACCAGACCGCAGCCUAGUCAGGGGAAGAGGCCAUAUAGAAGCAAGACAGCCGGAAACACUCCAAAAUCUAGGUCGGCAGGAGGCUUGAGCCCACACACUGGGCAAUCAUUGGCUGAAGUUACAGUCUCCAGGGGGAGAAGGUUGGAGGCAGAGAUACAGAGUGAUGAGGAAGAGGAAGAGGUCAGGAGGACGGUAGGAUGUGACGGAUUUGAUGAAGAAGAACUGGAGAAGCCAAGGUUUAAAUUUACUCUUUCUGCAGCCAAGAUACCAUUUCAACUAUCAACAGGUACUGCAGACACGGACCCUGUACAGGUCCCUGCGACAAUCAACCAGUACUUAAGGGACUACCAGCGAGAUGGGAUCAAGUUUAUGUACAGACACUACAGGAGGGACAGAGGGGCAAUCCUGGGUGACGAUAUGGGCCUCGGUAAAACUGUCCAGGUGAUUGGAUUGCUGUCUGCUCUGUUACAUAAGAAAGGAAACAAAGUAGAUGUACAGAAACAAAAGCCAAAGUUCAUCAGACAGAUGUCAGAUGCUAUGUCCCUGUCGGACACUGGAGCCCCUCAACAUGGCCCGUUCUUGAUCAUUGGUCCGGGGAGUGUCCUAUACAACUGGCUGGAUGAACUGGAGGUGUGGGGUUACUUUACCGUGGGCAAAUACCAUGCCGCAGAAAAAGAGCGAUGUCUGUCUGACGCGAAGCGUGGAAAGUUUGAGGUGGUUGUAACAACCUACGAAACCUUCCGUGACAAUAGGAGAGAGCUCAAUGAAGUAGAGUGGGAUGCCAUCUUCGUGGACGAGGUUCAUAGGAUCAAGGGAUUGAAGGCUCAAGUAACAAAAUCCUUGAGAAAGUUAAAGUGUAUGAGGAGAUUUGGACUGACGGGAACAGCACUACAGAACAGUAUGUUAGAGCUAUGGAGCAUACUGGACUGGGCCCAGCCUGGAUGCCUUGGACCGUUGUCGGAUUUCAAGGAAGAAUACGUAGACCCCAUAGAAAAGGGACAGAAGAAAACCACAACAAAAAGAGAGCUGGCUUUUGCAAGAAAAAAAAACCAAGAGUUUGGAGAGAGGCGAAGCAAGAUGUUACUACGAAGGACAAAAGAUAUAAUAUCAGACCAGCUCCCCAACAAAGAUGACAACAUAGUGUUCUGUAAGCUGACAGACUUCCAGACAUCCGUUUAUCAGGCAGUUCUUGGCCACCCUGGGAUGAGGUUCGUGUUGGGUAUGGAUCAGCCGUGUGACUGUGGAAGUGAUGUCAUCAAGGGACGCUGUCACAAUAAGACCCCUGAUGGCCUCUCUACCAGACAACUGCGAUUCACAUUCAUGCACAUCCUGUUGAAGAUAGCUAACCAUGUGGCACUGUUAGUUUCCUCUAGAGAGUCCAAUAAUCAGCUUACAGAAUUCUCUAAAGAGGUCACCAAGUAUAUUUGUGACAAGUUCCCAGAGUUCUUCAGUGAAACCAGAGAGGCCGCCUUCCGUACCUUGUCCGACCCAAAAUACUGCGGCAAGAUGAAGAUCCUUAAGGGGCUGCUGUCAGUAUUCAAUAAAGACCACAGUAAGGUGCUUCUCUUCUCCUACAGCACAAGGGUACUCGACAUCCUGGAACAGUACAUGAUGACCACAGGCUACGAGUAUCGUAGGCUAGAUGGCAGCACCAGUGCCAAGAAACGCAUGGACCUGGUUCGCGAGUUCAACAAAGACCCCUCAAUAUUUAUCUUCCUCAUUUCUACAAAAGCUGGUGGACUCGGCCUCAAUCUCACCGGUGCCAACAGAGUGGUGAUUUUUGACCCCAACUGGAAUCCAACCCACGACCUCCAGGCUCAAGACAGGGCGUAUCGUAUUGGUCAGCGAAGAAAUGUCCAGGUGUACCGCCUGAUCUCAGCAGGAUCUAUCGAGGAGAACAUGUACCUGAGGCAGGUGUACAAACAGCAAUUGGACAGUGUCGCCGUAGGAACUAUGAACGCGAAGAGAUACUUCAAUGCCAUUUCUGGUGACAGCGACCAGAAAGGCGAACUCUUUGGUGUGAAAAACAUGUUCAAGCUCCACAGCGGAGACCGAUGUUUAACUAUGGAUAUUCUUCAGAGAAAUACCAACCUGGAGAUGGGGCUGGCUAAGUAUGACUUGGCCAAAUACAUUCCCCCUGUUGACACUCCAAAAGAGACGGUAGAUGACUCUGAAUGUGGAGAGGACAUAUCCGAUGUUAGUGAUGAGGAAACUGGCGACGAUGUGAUGCAGGUUGAGUCGCCAGGAGAGAUGGAGCUAGAUAAUUCAGAUGAAGACUUGUCAAGUAACUGCAACAAAAUGGAAGCCAGAUCUGUUAAUCGAGACACAACCAAGAAAGACAAUUCAAAAGUAGUGAAAGUGAAGUCCAGUAAGUCCAAACCAACAAAGAGGUCGAAGAUUCAUCAAGAUCUACAGAGCGGUCAGUUUGACAGUGUGGAUGGUGACCGUGGUCAGAUACCCAGUUCUAAUCCCAGCUUCUCCUCUGUUGGGGCAGUGUUUGAGAGAUGUGGUGUUGUCCAUGUUCACGAGAAUAGGAAGGUCAUCGGAAGCAGCAAGGCAGAGGACCACAUGACAAAAUGUGCCAUACAAGACGUGUAUGAAUUAAAUCAAAAUUCACAAAUCCCGGCGGCUUACUGUGCACCAUACUCUAGCUCGUCAUCAGAGGAAGAAACUCCACCUCCGAAAAAUAAGGGUCGAGGAAAGAACAAGUCAACUGUCAGCCCUAACACUGCCAGAGUUGAAGUUAUUGGUAAUUCAAAGGUUCUGAUUGGUCAGACCCCUAGAGGGAUACGGCAACGACAGUUCCAGCAGAUGGCCGGGCAGAAGGCACUAGUGGACUUCGCUCAGGAAGUGUUGCUAGGGGACCCUUAUUCUAGGACGAAGAUGCUGAAGGAGUUUCAUACGAAGGAAAACCCAGAUCUGCAUAAAAUCUUUAAGAAAUCUCAGCAGCAGCAGCAGUCAUCUUCGAACAACGAACCCUCAUACAGAAGUAAAUCUUCUAAAAAACACAGAAGAGUGAAAGACAACCCUACUUUAGGGGUCAACUACAUGUCAGAUAGUGAAUCUCUAGGAACAAAGAUAUUGGUACGAACCAGCAGCCGGGAAAGUGACCCAUCAGGCAGCUUAGAAAUUGGCAGGACGGUCAAAAAGAGAAAAGUGAAUGCAUCUAUGACAACCAGAACACGACUGCCCCAAAAACGCAGUUAUAGUAGUAGUAGUAGAACUGUGAUUCAUGGGUUAGCUAUGUCUCCAACGUGGUCAGUUCAGAUUUCAGAUGAAGAGGUGGGGGAGGAGCAUGAGGAGGGGGAGGAGCAUGAGGAGGGGGAGGCACCAAGGACUGGACAAAAAGGGCCUCAUUCUACUGAACUUCUGGAAGAAAUCGGUUUAGAUGCAAAGAGCAAGGUGUCUAGACACACGGAUGAUGUUAAUCUAGACAUGACUGUUUACGAAGACAUAGACGAUAUAUUUCUUGUCGAUGUGAAGUCCUCCAAAUCGGUGAGGAAACCUCCACCGGGUAAGGGAAGAGAGAGGGAAACCGUCGCUGGUAAAGUUAGUGACAGGAGUGCUACCCCAGGUAACACAGCAGACAGUGAACACCCAGGCUUGGUGACAGAGUCAAGUGUUCAUCUCCAAAAUGAUAGCACUCUCAAGGACGAUAGUUUUGACUGCUUUAGUGACCCGCUCAAAUGGAAGAAGAAAAAGAAAGCACUGCCACAGACAGGGGUGGACAAGCUCAUCUCUGAAGGAGAUGCUGACUUCUUCAGCCUCUUUGAAAGAGGAAAGAUGAGGAAGAAAGACACAGUCUUACCUCCUGUGGAAAUAAAAGAUGACAGUAAAGGUUUGGCAGAACAGACCCCAAGUCUCUUCUGAUAUCGUCAGUAUCACUUAAUUGAAUCAAAACAAUUUUGUUUGUUGGUGUUUUUGAUAAUGUUCGAUUUACUGAUAAUUUUCCAGUGUUGCUAGUAUUGAUAUUUGAUAUCAGUGAGAGGUUUAGCUUUGUGAGGCAAAUUGCUUUAAAUGUGUUUGAUUUGAAUUUCUCCAUCUGCAUAGAGAACACAUUCCGAAUUUUCAACCUACUCUUAAUUAAUAAGUACAUGCAUUUUGUGAAGCUUAUGAUGCUACUAAAUUGUGUUAUUAAAACAGGUCAGUGUGUUAGGAUGGUAUGUAUUGUAUGAAACCUGUUGAUGGUAAAUACUGAUUGAUCUGAGAUGAGCAGUGAUAUAUAUGCUUCAACAAAUCCCAUUUGCGAAGUUAGCCGAGAUUACGUAUCACCAUGAGAUGUGUUGGGGUGAAAUGCUAAAGCAUCGGUAUCCCAACUUACACCUUAACUCAUUCACCCCUGAAAUUUCAUAAUGAACUAUUCCAACCUUUGAAUUGGAAGAGUUCAAAUGUGUCUUCAGGGGUCGAAUUUGCUAAAAUGUACCACCUGUGAUAUAAUUUCUGACAUUAAAAACAACUGCGCCCAAAGUGUAAUUUAACAAUGUAUGAUUAUCAGCACCGCCAAUUUUACAUGUCAUGUAUGCGAUUGUUUUUCACUGUUGAAUUUGCCUGUCUUUUCAGAAGUGGAAAGGGCAAAAAUGUAUUGAAAUCAUCAUUUACAGAUUUACAGUUUUAUUGAAGAUAUGUACAAAAUAUAUGUAGAACUAUUAUGUUGCGACUAAUUCACUGAGGUAAAUAACAUUCCUUAUUAUCAUUGUCAGCUUCUUAUUAUGUCCCCAUUAUAUCUUAAGAGCAUGAGUUUGUGACUGAUGUUGGUUUAAUUGAAAACAAUUAAACCAUUAGUUUGUCAGUUUGAUUUGUGACUGAUGUUGGUUUGAUUUUAAAAACAAACCAUUAGUUUGUCAGAGUUUUGUAAAUGAGAGGUGUUUAUCUUAAGACCGAAUUCAAGUUUGCCAGAGUUCAUUAAUUACAUUUGUGUCAUCUUAAAUCCAUUAGUUUGUCAGAGUUUGUGAAUGGUGGGAUUUUUAGGUCACCUGAAUUUUGGCUCAAGUGACCUAUUGCUAUCCGUCUUUGUGCGUCGUCCGUCAUUCGUUAACAUUUUACAUUUUCAACUUAAGCUGAAAUACUGUCGAAGGGAUUUUAUUGAUAUACUCCAUGGGUAUGUUACUGACAACUCCCUGACCAAGUGCUGUUAUUUUUCGGGUCAAGUCAAGUUUUACUUGUCCGAUUUAACUGAAACUUGGUAGGAAUGCUCAACUCAUGGUCUUGAAAAAGUGCUGUUAUUUUUUGGGUCGAUCAUAAAUCCAAUAUGGCCCCCACGGCCGCCAUUUAGAAAAAACUAUUCAAACUUAACAUCAAGUUCUACUUGGCCGAUUUAACUGAACCUCGGUCUAGGAAUGAUCAACUCAUGGUCCUGACAAACUUAACUUAACGUUAUACUUAACUGUUUUUUUUUACUCAAAUUGGUAGGGAUGGUUGAUAUCAUUAUCUCAACUUCAUAUUUCAACAACGAAAAUAAAUACUGUAGGACUCAGGUGACCGUUAAGGCCCAUAGGCCUCUUGUUAUCUUAAAGACCGUAAGUUUGUCUGAGUUUGUGAAUGGCGGAAUUUUUAUCUUAAAAACAGUUCAACCUAUUUUAUUUUGUCAGAGUUUUUUAUGACUUUUGUUUUAUCUCAAACUCAUUAGUUGUCAGAGUCUGUCAUAAUAUUUGUUUUAUCUUAAAUGUUCAUGAAUGAUAUUUUUCUGAUGUUACUAACCUAAUUUUUUAUUUAUUUUUUUAUUUUUGUUUUUUUAUCUUCAGCCAUAAGUUGUCAAAAGUUUGUAAAUAACAUUUGUUUUAUCUCAAAAUAAUAUGCUAUUUUGAGUUUAUUAAAACAUUUUUUUCUUUUCUUCAAAAAUCAUUACUUUGUCAGAGUUUGCGAAUGACUUGUUUUAUGUUAAUACUGUAAGUUUAUCAGUGGUUGUAAUUAACUUCAAGUUUGAAUGGUUUUUUCAUAUUGAAACUAAUUAUUACCAUGAUACAUGUAUAAAUAUCAACAUUAACUGUUAAAGGGACGCAACUUUUGUGGUCUAGUCAACAUUUUAAUUAGUAAAAGCAUGUACUUGUGACAUAACCUGUCAUAUUGUAAAUGGAAAGAAAUAUAUAUAUUCUAUAAAUAAAUAUGCUAAACAUGG